UUUUUUCUUUAGCCUGUAUGUAAUUUUGAAUAAAAUGACUUCAUUAACUUCUACAAAAUCAUCAAAGUCUACAAAUCUAAAAUUUGACGAAACAACUGAUUUUAAAUAUUUAUUUUCACAAUCUAACGAUGUUCAACCUUUCCUUCGUGCUAGUCUUUUUGAUAAUGUGCCUCCAACGAUACUCUUUUAUGUUAAGGGAACUAAAGUCAAAAAACCUCAUAAUUAUACUCAACAACUUACCUGGUGCAACAAUUCAUUAUUAGCUUUGGUUGUACGUCACAGUUUACUCGCAAGCCAUUUCAAAUUAGUCGAAGAGGAUCAAUUUUGGUUUGGAUAUUGGGGAAGACAUUUAAAAUCAGCCCAGUAUCAAACUUUAAAGCCUUGUCAAAAAGUCAAUCACUUCCCCGGCGCCUUCCAUCUUGGACGUAAAGACCGACUUUGGUUACACUUAUUUGACAUGAUGCAGCGCUUUCCAGAUGACGAAUUUUGCAUAAUGCCUUAUACUUAUAUUUUGCCUAAAGACAUUAAAAGGCUCAGGGUUUACUUGUCAAUGAAGGCUGCUGUUCGACACGUUAUUCUGAAACCUCCAGCUUCAGCUAGAGGAACAGGAAUUAACAUCGUUUCACGUGUUAGUAUGGUGCCUGAAAAAACUUCUUUGGUUGCCCAACAUUACAUUGAAAGCCCUUUUUUAAUAAAUGAUUCAAAAUUUGAUUUGAGAAUUUAUGUGUAUGUUACAAGUUAUGACCCUUUGCGUAUUUAUGUUUACAAGGAAGGAUUAGUUCGUUUUGCAAGUGUUUCUUACAACCCAGAAAUUUCUUCAUUUACAAAUCAAUUUAUGCAUUUAACAAAUUAUUCAAUAAAUAAAUUGGCUGUUUCUUCAAGUAGUUCAACACAAACAGAGGAUGGAGGGGAACAACAAUUUGUAGUUCCGAAAUGGAAAUUGACUCAAUUUUGGAAAUAUUUGGAUAAAUUGGGGCAUAAUUCAAACAAUUUAAAAGAGGAAAUACACAAAAUUGCUAUAAAGGCUAUUAUUUCUUGUGAAAGCCAUAUUAGAGCGCAUGCAGCUCAUCAUUGUAAAUAUCCGUUUAUCAGGAAAGUAACUAUUAUAGGACCCUUUUCCCACUCUCAUUUUUGGAUUUAAAUAAUGGCAGGUGGACAAGGACGUAGCCAGGGGUCGAUUUCAGGAGAGCUAAAAUGGGGUGUCUUCCCUUUUCCCCAUUUCAGGGGGGUAUAGCCUUAGAAGGCCCCCGGCCGUUGGAUUAAAUCUUUUUUUGAUUUGGAUUCGAGGCUAAAGUAGUGUCCGGCCAGAUUUCUCUGAUUAAUCCUGGAAAAUCUGAAGAUCACGGAAAAACCCUGGGUUUGGAACUCGGACCCUUAAAAAGUCCGGUCGGAUCCAGUCCGCCUCGGUUACUGGUUUUCAAACAAAUUUUUGGAUCC